AUGGAUCGUUUCACCCCAUUUCCCGUCAUCACGGGCGGUCAUUUGCGCGACACUGGUGAAGACGGCGCUGUGCGCGCUAUUCAACAAUGGCCUGUGGAGACGGCGCACUUACCAACGCACUUACUCGCACUGGCCUGGGCCUCCAUUCUGCGUGUUUUCACGACCGAAGAAUCUCCGGUAUUCGUGCUCAAUCACGAGCCAAUCAAAGUCGUCUUAUUUACUCCUUCAAUCCAGCCAGCAACACUGGAUGCUGCGUCCCUCCGUGCGAAGCACACCGCUGUGUUUAUCAUCCAGGACGACGCCGGUGGAGAGGUUGAUGCAUCCCUAUCUGCUUCCUGUUCCAUGGUGUGGUCCUUCAACCGCCAGGCCCAAACGAGCACUCUGCACUCGUGGACAGGCAUAGACGCUGCGUUCUUGCAUCAACUAGACGCUCAACUACAACACACCGUCCAUAUGCAGGCAUCACAGUCGGACAUUCAGCAAAACCUGCCGGCUUCGAUGGGCCUUCUGGAGAUGUCAAUUCUGAACCCAUCUCCCGUUACCUUGCCUGGUCCGCAGCUGCUCCAUGAGCUGGCCUUGAGCGGGGCCAAUGAUGCCAACUAUGCCAUUGAAUGCUUGACUGCCGAUGGGAACAUCCGUUCUCUCUCAUAUCGCUCCUUGGACCGCCUGUCCUCAAAACUUGCCAGGGAAAUCGGCCGUGCCGCUUCACAAGGCCAAAGAGCUGAGGCGCGAGCGAUGGUAGUCCCAGUACUGGUGCCACAGUCGUUGGAGCUGUACAUCACGCAACUGGCCAUCUUGAAGGCGGGCGGGGCCUUUUGUCCCUUGAAUAUUGACGCACCUCGGGACCGGAUCGAGUUUAUUUUGCAGGAUGUUGCAGCGUCUGUGGUCAUUACACAAGGCGCUCUGGCGGCUCGGAUACCGCAGAGUGAUAGCCUGGCUGUGAUCACUGUUGAUGACCUGGAGACCAAAUUGGAUGGAGAGGAUCCCAUCGAAAUAGCUGCGGAGACAGUCUCUGCUACACCCUCGGACCUGGCCUACGUGAUGUAUACAUCCGGCUCCACGGGCCGUCCGAAAGGAGUUGGUGUUUCCCAUCUAGCGGCUACUCAAUCGUUGUUAGCGCAUAAUGACUUGAUACCCUUGUUCAAUCGUUUUUUACAGUUUGCAUCCCCAACCUUCGAUGUUUCGGUUUUCGAAAUUUUCUUCCCUCUCAUGCGAGGGGCGACGUUAAUCGGCUCGGAUAGAGAGCAAAUGCUGUUGGAUAUUUCUCAUGUAAUGACGGAAAUGAGAGUUGAUGCGGCCGAGCUGACCCCCACAGUGGCCGGAGAACUGCUUCGCACACGGGCUGCUGCGCCAAACUUGCGAGUCCUCCUUACCAUUGGCGAGAUGCUGACCAGACAUGUCGUGGAUGAAUUCGGUCAGUCAGAAAACUCAGACGGCAUUCUUCACGGUAUGUAUGGCCCCACUGAGGCUGCAAUCCAUUGUACUGCGGCCACCCACUUCCGAGCCAGUGAUCGAGUCAAUUUGAUUGGCAAGCCGUUCAAAACCGUGUCUGCUUUUAUCAUGUCCCUAGAGGUGGAAGACUCGUCUUCCUCUCCUCAGCUCGAGCCUCUGCCUCUUGGCCAGAUUGGCGAAUUGGUAGUGGGUGGAUCGCAGCUGGCAGACGGAUACAUCAACCGACCCGAAGAGAACGCCAAGGCAUUUAUUGACAGUCCUGUCUACGGCCGGCUCUAUCGGACCGGUGAUAAAGCCCGGAUGUUACCUUCCGGCGAGAUCGAGUGUUUUGGGCGCAUCUCCAGUGGUCAAGUCAAACUUCGUGGCCAAAGGAUCGAACUUGGCGAGAUCGAGCAUGCAAUUUGCCGGGCACCAGAUGUUCGAAGUGCUGUUGCGAUUGUGAGCAACGGUAGCUUGGCGGCCUUUGUUCUGGUCAAUGACAAAGGGACAAAUGAUCGCACUCUGCGAGAUACCUGCCGACAAUGGUUACCUCGAUUUAUGGUCCCAGGAGAAUUCAUUCUUGUCAAUCAAUUUCCUCAGCUACCGUCUGGGAAAAUCGAUCGGAAGGCGCUGGAGGCCGAGUUUGUUCGCCAUCGAAAUGCUACCGAGUCGACCGAGCCACAGAAAUUCCGAGAUGAAACCGAGGAAACAAUUGCAUCUUGUGUAGUCGAUGUGCUCGAUAGACAAAUUUCUCCCACAGAGAGUCUAACUGCGGCUGGCCUUGACUCAUUGGCUGCAAUUCGACUUGCAUCUCAUCUGCUAGAUGCUGGGAUCCGCCUCGAUGUGGCCCGUCUGUUGGAGGCAGACUGUAUUGAUGGAGUAUGGCAGCUUGCAAAGGAGCUAGCGACAACGCAGCCACACGAGGAUACUCAAACAGGCCUUCAGAGAAUCCGUCAAUUGGUGGCAGAUGCAGGUGCAGCAAGACUAGAGUCCUUAGGGUUGAGCAUUGAGGCGACCGAGAUCGAGCCUUCCAGUCAUAUCCAACAGGCGAUGAUACUGGAAACCACCCGAGACUCCAAAGCCUACUGUAACUGGAUCGAACUUGAAUUUCAGAGCUCAAUAAAUUACACGGCUGUCCACAAAGCAUUUGUUAAACUUCUGGACCAAAAUCCGGUUUUGCGAUCCGGUUUCGUUGAGAUCGGCCUCAAGGAUCACUCAUAUGCCCGCUUUACCUGGAGACUUCCUGGUGCACAUAUCAUUCAGAAGUGUGAUGAGUUGAACUAUGAUAUUUCGCUUAUGAAUGAGCAUGAUCUUCUCCGUCCCCUUCGAUUUCAAUUCAAGGAAACACCAGAAGGCCUUCAGGUUUUAGUGCACAUUCACCACGCGCUAUAUGAUGGGUGGUCUUGGCUGCUCAUGUUGAAGGAUCUCCAUCGUCUCUUGGUUGGAGAGGAUUUGCCACCAAAGCCUUCAUACAACAUCGUGACGAACUUUUUCAUCGAGCAUAAGCUUGGGGAAGCUUCCAAUGAUUCAUUUCUUUUCUGGCGUGACCAGCUCCAAGGCACUUCUCCCGCCACAUUUCCAAAUUUCCAUGGAACAAUGGAUGUACCUCCAAGCACACGAGAUGUCACUCGUACAUUGAAAGUAUCUAUGUCCAAACUCAAUGAUGUAUCUCAGAGCUUCCGUAUUGGCCGACAGACCAUUUUCCAAGCUGCAUUUUGCUAUAUCCUGUCAUCUUACCUCGGUUCUCACGACGUUGUCUUUGGUACCGUCUUUUCCGGUCGAACACUGCCUGUCAAAGGGAUUGAGACGAUUCUUGGGCCAUGUAUCCGCACAUUACCAACACGGAUAAAUCUGGAUAAGAUGCAAAGUGUGACAGACCUGCUUUUAGCCAUUCAAAACAUGAACCGCAAAUCUCUGGAGCACGGAAGCCUCCCGCUUCAAGAUAUCAAGAGGGCCUCUGGCAUUGAUUUGAACCUAAAUCUUUUCGACACUGCCUUUGUUUGGCAAGAAAGCGUCUGGUCUGAAAACGACCACCCGUCUUUAUUCAAAGAAGUUGAUACUGCCGAAUUCCUGGAGUUUGCGCUAUUGUUGGAACUUGAGCCGAGAGAUAAUGAAAUUAUUGCAAAGGCAACAUAUCAACAAUCUAUCUUGCCCUGUGAACAAGCAGAGCUUUUAUUGGAGCAGAUUGACCAUGUAGCAUCUAUUCUGAUUGACUCCCUGGAUUUGCCAAUUGAUCACAUUGGUAAACAGCUCCCGUCACCCAUUCUAUCAUUCCUCGGCCCAAUCCACAAAACACUGGACAAUGAUCCAAGCCUUGUUUCUGUUAUUCAAAGAGUUGCAUCUGCCAAUCCAUCAAAAACGGCUAUCGAACUUCUCAAAGAGCUAGACUCCCUUCCUGUGGAAGUUGAAAGCAUCUCUUACUCUGAACUGAACGCUCGCGCAAACUCCCUUGCUCGUUAUCUCCUAAUCUCGGGGGUUGAGAAGAACGACUUAAUCGCAAUUGUUUUAGAGAACUCAAUAUAUUCUUACAUAUGCGUUCUUGCUGUCACCAAGAUAGGAGCUGGCCUCUUACCCUUGGCACCUCGCUUUUCUCUAGAAAGCAUCAGAUCCACGCUUGCCGCCUUGGAGAUAAAGUUUUUCAUCCACCAUUCCCCCGCCUCAAACCAUGACUUUUUGACCCCCCUGGGAUCUGCUGCCCAGAUACUCCUUCCUGAGUCACUUGACGAAUACUCUCAUGAAGAUAUAUUCUCGAACGAUGCUAGCCCCCACUUCAACAUUGUUAGGGUGGAAAAUGUCUCUUCGAAAGAUGAGUCGGUGCAGCAUGUUUCCUUUACUUCUCAAGGCCUCAAAAGCCACAUUGAUGCAACCACAAACAUGUAUUCUCUUUCGCAGGGAUCCAAAAUAUUUCAGGCAUCCCCGUCUGCAUCUAUUGAUUCACUCCUUGGAUUUUUCUUUGCGCUGAGCGCCGGUGUAACGCUCUGCGUGACAAAUGAUGAACUACUUGCCACCAAUUUCCAGGAAAUUAUUAACGCAAUGAAUGUAACACAUGUUCACUCGACUCCUACAUUGGCAUCGGACUUGAAUCCACAGAAUGUGCCCAGUGUUCAACAGCUCUUCAUAUCUGGUGAGCCGCUAACUGCAAAAGUGCACCAUGACUGGGCUGGAAAGGGUCUCCAUCAAGGUUAUCGCUCCUCAGCCCUACCAAGUAUUCUUUCGAUGUUCAACGACGUUCAAGCCUCGGCUAUUCCUUCCAAUGUCGGAAAGCGGUUGGACAACAUGUCUGUAAUGGUUGUUGCAGAUCAAUCAGAAUUCACACUCGUGCCCCGUGGAGCUGUUGGAGAGUUAGUAUUUGGUGGUGAAAUACUGAGCCAGUUAGUUUCCACCAUGAAGGGCGCGGUUACAGACAGCUUCCUUAAUCAUCCUCAAUUUGGAAGAGUCCAUCGUACUGGAGAUUAUGGAAGAAUUCUUCCCGAUGGUAGUAUUAUUGUUCUUGGUCAAGAACCAAGUGUGAAUGAACUCGAAUGUGCGCUCUACUCAUCAGGACUCGUUGAGAACACUGCGAGUGUUCUUAUAGACAGUCCGGUUGAUAGGCAGCAGAAAUUGGCGACAGUUUGGGUGCCCUCAAAAGAUGCUUAUGACUCAGAGUAUUCUGGGCAGCUUGAUUCUGUGGUUCAAGAUCUAUUCAAGGAACUGAAUUCCAGACCAGAUUUAUUGGCAGUUCCUUAUCUUUUGCUUCCAAUGGAAAAAUUGCCGAUGACUGAAUCCUUUCAGAUCGACCGUGCAAGUCUGAAGCAAGAGAUUGAGCAGAUGAGCCCUGAGAGAAUCAAUAUAUUCUCCCAAAGAGCUUCAACAGGCACCGCAGAGACCCUCACCGAUAUUGAAAGCGCAAUCGUGAUGGCCUUGUCCACAGUCUUGGGAGUUGAUAAGCAACACAUACACAAACACACUUCAUUUUAUAAAUUGGGCCUCGAUUCACUGUCGGCGAUUUCGCUCUCACGGAAGCUUCAAGAAUCCGGAUUCGGAAGACUUGCAGUAUCGACAAUUCUGCGCUACAGUUCAGUAUCUCGACUGGCGUCUGCUAUUCCUCCCAUGGCUAAUGGUCACUCAUCUCAAGAACCUCUACAAAGGACCUCUCAAUCAGUGUUCGAUGAUGAUUUCCUACGUGAAGUCAAGGAUGAAAUCAGUGGCGAAAAUAUCUCUGUCCAGCGCGUAUAUCCUUGUACACCACUACAGGAAGCAAUGCUCGCAGCUGAAUCUGAUCUUGAUUCGACUUACUUCAAUCACCUCCUGCUCCGGGUGCACACAAGCGUCGACCAGCUGAAAACUGCAUGGAUUGAAAUGUUGCAAAGACAUGAUAUUCUAAGAACUUGUUUCUGGCGAACUAAUGAUAAGCGAUUCGCGUACGCCCAAGUGGUGCUAGCCGGCGCAAUCCUUCCCUGGUCACAAAUGAAGACAUCUGUCCAGAAACUCGACCAAGAUAUCCAGAAAAGAAAAUCAGAGUUUGAGCACCAGUCACCAGUCAAUAACCUACUUCCAUACUCCUUGACAGCCUUCACAGAUCCUGAAGAGCAGCAGACCCACCUCCUGUUAUCAAUACACCAUGCGUUAUAUGACGGACAAGCCAUUUCGCAGUUGCUACACGAGCUCGAGCUUUCGUUUGCAGGUCAAGCACUUCCUGAAUCGAUCCCUUUCCACCGAUUUAUUGAUUACAUGGUCUUGGCUGCCUCUGAAAAAUCAGAUCAUUUCUGGGACCAGUACUUAUGGGGCGUCUCGCCAACUCUACUUCCGGCUCCCAAAGAUGCCGUUGGGUCCGUAAGCCAAGCUGCUUCCCGACAAAUCUAUGUUGAUGCGGGCCUUUCUCUCUCCGCAUUCAAACAACAAUGCAAGGACCUGUCCGUCUCAUCUUUGAAUGUCUUUCAUGCGGCAUGGGCAAGACUUCUGGCUCUACAUGCCGAUACGUCUGAUGUCUGCUUUGGUAAUGUAUUCAGCUGUAGAACUGUGCCUGUGGAGGAUGCAGAUCGAAUUAUUGGGCCUUGCUUCAAUACUCUUCCCAUGCGAGUAAAUCUGUCUUCCACGUCAACAAAUGCCGACCUUAUGAGGAUCUUUCAAACGCACAAUAGCAAAAUUUUGCAUCACCAGCUCUGUCCUCUGCGUCAUAUUCAGAGGCGCGCUCUUCAAGGCACCAAUCGCCUGUUCGACACCUUGAUCAUCCUUCAAACCAGGAAUUCCGACCUUGAUCCUCAAUAUUGGGAACUCCUCACAGAUGAAGGUAACAUGGGAUUUCCACUGAUUUGUGAGAUCAUUCCAAACGAAACACAGAACACUAUUCAAAUAUGUUUCCACUUCCAACCAUCGCAUUUGACCUCUGUAUUGGCAGAUGAGCUUGCACGGAACUUUGUGCUCCUCAUCAAUCAUACCAUCCAGUAUUCCGACGCCCAGGCUUCCGACAGACGGCUAUUUGCGACGGAUAUUCCUCGGGUUUUUUCGACCCCUAAAGUGCAGAAAAUCAGCCCAGGCUCGCAAAAUCUUGACGUGUCUCGCCCAUGGUCUCUGCAGGAAGAAAGCCUCCGUGAGAUUCUUUGCCAAUUUGCUAAGGUCGACAGAGACUUCGUGUCUCCAAACACAACUAUCUUUCAGCUCGGUCUAGAUAGUAUCAAUGCUGUUCAAAUUUCGGGCAGAUUGCGUAAAUUUGGGUAUACAAUAUCUAGUGGUGAUAUUCUUGAGGCCGCAUCUGUCGAAAGAAUUGCCUCACUCCUUGAAACUCGUGAGAAAACCACCGAAGAGGAGCACUUUGACUUUUCUGCCUUUGAAAAACAACAUCUUCAAAUGGCUUGUAACCAGCUCGGCAUAGAUUCACAAACAGUUCAGUGCCUUCGACCAUGUACAUCUGUGCAGAAUGGUAUGUUGGCACUUUUUACUCAUUCAAAUGGAGAUGUUUACUUCAACCGCAUGUCCUUGAAGUUCUCAGAGCCAUUGGACAGAGUCCAGCUCAAGAAUGCCUGGAUAAAAGUGGUGGCUCACCAUGAGAUGCUGAGGACUGGAUUUGUUCAGUUGUACAAUCAGCAACACCCCUUUGCCAUGAUCACUUACGAGACAGGCUUUGAGCUUCCUUGGAAGGAUUCUUCGGAUAUCGCCAUUCAUGAGAAACAAGUUCUCGAAAACCUACACCAACCUCCUUGGGAGAUUAUUACCGAAUUCUCAGAUCAAGUGACGACCAUGAGCUUCUCGGCGCUUCAUGCCCUUUAUGAUGCACAGUCCCUGGAGACGGUCUUUUCCGAUGUCCUUGCCGUUUAUCAAGGAAAAACACUUAUUCAUCCGCCAUCAAUUUCCUCCACGCUGGGUCCUAUAUUGACUGAAAGUCGAAAGCAGAGUGAAACUGCCCAAUCGUUUUGGCAGGGGCUUUCGUCAGAGAUUGUCCCCUGCAAAUUUCCUGAUCUGAACCCCAUUCGCAGCGAGAAAAGGACAUUAUUAACUAGCUCAAUUUGCUGCUCAUUAUCCCUCGCAGAGCUUGAAUCUCACUGUCGAGAGAUCGGAAUCACUCUUCAAGCAGCAGGCCAAGCAUCAUGGGCUCGCUUGAUUGCUGCGUACACAGGAGAGCAAAAUGUUGUCUUUGGGACGGUCCUUUCCGGUCGGAAUCUAUCGCCGUCUGCCCAAAAUGCUGUUUUCCCCUGUUUAGUAACUGUACCAUCUCCUUCACAUGUGCAGGGAUCUAACAGUGAACUUUUGAAGGCCACUCAGAAGAGAAAUGCAUCUCUGGUCAAGAAUCAGUUUACUCCAUUGGCACAAAUUCAAAGAUGGAUAGGUAGUGACGAGCCGCUAUUUGACAGUCUAUUUGUCUACCAGAAAUUUUUAUCAGCUCCGGGAACCUCUGUGGGGUGGGAGGUUAUUGAUGAAGAGACGAAGAUUGAUUAUCCUGUGUCUAUCGAGCUCGUUCCACGGUCAACCGAUCUUGAAGUACGAAUGAGCUAUAGGAGUGACCUUAUUCCGCAAGAUCAAGCCCAUCUACUUCUACAGCAGUACAACAAAAUCCUCGAACACACUGUCUUAUCCCCCGAUUCCAGGUCGGAUGAUUAUCUCUCUCUGGGAAAACAACUCCUUUCUGUCACUCCCGCCAAGAAGAAGGUCUUGCCUUCCUCGGUGGCUUUGCUGCAUCAAUUUGUGGAGAGAAGUGCCGCAAUGCUUCCAGAGAAGCCAGCCUUUGAGUUCGCAUUUGGCCCAAAUGCGGACAAUCUCCAAAAAAGACCUGGAACUACCGGAGUGUCUUCUGGUGAAAUGAUUGCCAUCUGCUUCGACAAAUGUCCCGAGGCAUCGAUUGCAAUCCUCGGUAUUCUGAAAGCAGGCUGUGCAUAUGUGGCCAUUGACCCGACUGCUCCUAUAUCGCGCAAGCAAUUUAUCAUGGAGGAUUCUCAGUCCAAACUUUUGCUUUGCAACCAAUCUCGGGAGGGAGAUCUACAAUGCCUGUCGGGUGUCGAUAUUCAUUCCAUUGACCAACCGGGUAUCUUCCAAGGCUUGUCGCCUACACAGCCUUCUCUGGUGCGCGAGAUACAACCAGGUGACACUUGCUACUGCUUAUACACAUCUGGCACAACUGGUACACCAAAGGGGUGUGAAAUUACUCAUGACAACGCGGUACAAGCCAUGCUAGCAUUCCAGAAGCUCUUUUCACCACAUUGGGACGACGAUUCUCGAUGGCUGCAAUUCGCCUCAUUCCAUUUUGAUGUCAGCGUGCUUGAGCAAUACUGGAGCUGGAGUGUGGGAAUAUGUGUCACUUCAUGCCCUCGGGAUCUGCUAUUCGAGGAUUUACCAGCGAUGAUCCAAAAGCUUUCUAUUACCCACAUUGAUCUUACUCCUAGCUUGGCACGAUUGGUGCAUCCGGAUGAAGUUCCAUCGUUAUGCCGAGGUGUAUUUAUCACCGGAGGGGAGGCCUUGAAGCAAGAGAUCCUUGACGAAUGGGGGACACAUGGAGUCAUCUACAACGGCUAUGGCCCGACCGAGGUCACGAUUGGUUGCACCAUGCUGCCGCGUAUGAGUCCCAAUGACAAGGCUUCUAACAUUGGGCCACAAUUUGACAAUGUGGGAUCCUAUGUUUUUAAACCGGGCUCUUCAACACCUGUCCUACGCGGUGGCUUAGGAGAGCUAUGUGUUUCCGGUCCUCUAGUUGGAAAGGGGUAUCUUAACCGAGCAGAACUCACUAAAGAGCGGUUCCAAGUUCUACCGGAAUAUGACGACCGCAUAUAUCGAACUGGUGACCUGGUCAGAAUAUUGCAUGAUGGAAGCUUCCAGUUUCUUGGUCGAAUAGAUGACCAGGUCAAGCUCCGCGGUCAACGGCUGGAAAUUGGAGAGAUCAAUGCAGUUAUCAGGCAGGCCACAGCGGAGUUGAAUGAAGUGGCUACACUGGUCAUCAAGCACCCCAAGCAAUCCAAAGACCAGCUUGUCUCUUUUGUCACAAAGAUUGAUGUGAACAAGAAACUUCAUGACGCUGAAGUUUGCUUUUCAAACGAGAAUCGGACUUUGUUGUCAAGCAUCAAGACUGCCUGUCACACACAUCUUCCGGGAUACAUGGUGCCAACGCAUGUCGUUCCAAUGACCCGCUUCCCUUUGUCAGCCAAUAAUAAGGCCGACAUGAAGGUUCUGAAAGCCAUUUACCAAGAUCUCACCUUAGACGAGCUCCAGAAAUUAAGUGCGCUAGCCGUUGAUCAGAGUUCGAAGAGUGCACGAGAAGAGGAAAUCAUUUCCAUUUUGGCAAAAUUUAUCGGAUCCCCCAACUCCGCUAUUUCGUCGUGGUCGAGUAUUUAUGAAUUGGGACUUGAUUCAAUAUCCGUGAUAUCGUUUGCGAGAAGUCUCAGAGAAACCGGUUUUCCUCAGGCCCAGCCGUCAUUGAUUAUGAAGUACCCCACUGUCGCAGGAAUGGCAUCUGCGUUAGAAGGAUCGACAGCUUCGUCAAUCUCUCAAAGUAAUCUUCACAGAAAUGCAAAGCAGGGGAUGGAAGCCUUUGCCCAUAAAAACUCCCAUUCUAUAAUUGAGAGUAUCGGAGUCAUUGACAGCGAGAUCGAGCAAAUUGCGCCCUGUACGCCACUCCAGGAAGGUAUCAUAUACCACUUCCUAUCGAGCACGGAGCCCCUUUACUGCUCGUCCUUUACGUUUGGGCUAUCACCCUCAAUAGACCCGAGCAGAAUGAGAGCCGCAUGGACCCAGGCACAAUCCCAGGUCCAAAUGCUCCGAGCUCGAUUUUCACCAUCUCCAGACGGUUAUGCGCAGGCCAUUUUGAAGAAAGACACGCUUCCUUGGUUCCACAUCAAAACAGCUCCCAAGCAAAAAGUUGAGGAUGUAUGCAAGCAACGAUUCGAAAAGUGGAUCUUGAAGCUCGAGGGCUUAUCAACACGGCUGUGGGAGGUGGGCAUCGUCAGCUCUACUGAAAGAUCGAUUUUGUGUCUGAACAUAUUCCAUGCUCUUUACGAUGGAAACAGUCUUGCACUUUUACUUGAAUUGGUGGCUCAUAUAUAUAUCGACCAGCAGAGGGAUUUCGAUCGGCCUCCCCAAUUCCUCGAUGUGCUGCAUUUUGGUCCUCUUUGCAAAGAUCCUAGAGCAGAGGCAUUCUGGAGAGAACAUCUGGCAAGCUGUCCUAAAAAGACCCUGUCUAGACAAGUUGAAGACCAGGGCAGCGCCGUUACGCAUAGGAUUGAGAUUGAUACAACCGAAAACGUGGAUUAUCUGCGUAAAUUCCUCAAUGUCACGGAACAAGCUAUCUUCCAUGCCUGCUGGCUCUUAGCCCUCCAGAAACAUUUUAGUUUCAUUCCAACAAUCGGAAUCAUCGCCUCUGGUCGCUCAAUAGACGUUCUUGGAAUUGCCAAUGUCAUUGGCCCCCUCUUCAAUACCAUCCCCAGCAAUGUCCAACUUCGUGGUCUCAAGUCCUGGUCCGAGGUUGCUAAGCGAUGCCAUGAAUAUCACGUCUCCAGCAUCCCUUAUCAGUUCACGGCGUUAAGGGAUAUUAGAGAAAAUGCUGACAUCAACCAAUCCACUAGCGGGCUAUGGCAUUCGCUGGAUUCAGAAGCACAGCACGAGCACCCGUUGGCAUUUGAAAUUGUGCGCAAUUGCAACGAAACCCUUACCGCAACAAUUGCGGCGAAGAGUGAGGUAGUGUCUCCAGAGAAAGCGCAGCAUAUUGCUUCUAGCUUCCAACAAAUCCUGCUUGACUUCGCCCAGAAUCCCGACCGAGAGUUGCCUUACCUUAAUGGAGUUGCGGAAGAGAGCCAGUUUCAUCCAGGUGAAAUCACAACAGAACUGGGAGAGUUCAUCACAAAAUCCCUUAGCAAGCCUUCAUUCCAAUGGACCCCCCAGGCUUGCAUGAUCCGUGACGUUAUUGCCACCCUUGCCGAGGUAGAUGUACAAUCUAUUAGCGAGGAGACUUCUAUUUUUGAAGUUGGCCUUGACAGCAUAGAUGCUAUCAAAUUGUCUUCACGCCUGGGAAAGCUUGGUCUCAAGCUCCCAGUGAGCACCAUCAUGCGCUACCGCAAUAUUGAGGCCAUGACGAGUCAACUCCCAGAAACAGACUAUCCCGUGCAGAAUGGCACAUAUCCGUUGCUGAAUCAGAUGCAAAACAGCCUGACAGAGUUCCUUUCUCGAGAGAAACUCCUGCCUCAUAAGUUUUGCCAGGUACUUCCAGCUACGCCAAUCCAGGAGGCGAUGGUUAUGGAGUUGAAUGAAUCCGGGUACCAGCACUACUACAACCAUGAAAUUCUCCAAAUUGAGCCUCAUGUGGAUCUAAAGAGGCUUCAGGAAGCAUGGAGAGCCGUUGUCAAAUCCAAUCCGAUUCUUCGUACCUCCUUUGUCGAAGUAUGGGAUCCAGAGAUUCUAGCAUCAUAUGCCCAGGUAGUCCACAGUGAAGACGUGUUUGACUUCCAGAUCGUGAGGCUAGAUGAGAAACCCGUGGAGUCAGUAAUGGAGUCGCAACGCACAAGAGCUGCCACAAGUCUGAAGGGCUGCCCGCUCUUUACCUUGACAAUGGCGACGGAUGGAGAUGCUCGUUUCCUCGUCCUCUCGAUCGCCCAUGCUCUUUAUGAUGGAUGGUCUAUCAAUCUUCUUCAUGAGGAUGUCGCGAAGUCCUAUGCCGGCAACGACUGUAUUCGACCAUCGGCCGAUGCAAUCCUAGAGCAAAUCCUUGCAUCCUCUAGUGAAAAAGCUCUCCGAUUCUGGAGAGCGACACUAUCCAACUGUGAACCGACAGUCUUCCCUCAAGGGAAGCAUUCCGACAGUAAUUCGCAGCUGGUUCACCGUGCAGAAAAACAAUUCUCGGUCUCUCUUGCGAAAGCUGAGACUUUCUGCAAAAGACAUGGCAUCACAAUGCAGGCGCUUUUGGUCAGCUGUUGGUCCUUGAUUCUAGCAACCUAUGUGAAGAGGCUGGAUGUUAUAUUCGGUUUGGUUCUUUCCGGCCGUAAUGUCCCAAAUUCCGAAAAUGUCAUGUUUCCAACUAUGAACACUGUGGCAAUGCGAGUGAUUCUUCACGGCACCAGACUGGAAUUAGUGAAGUAUGUUCAAGAAACACUUUUGGAAAUAUCCGAGUAUCAGCAUUUCCCACUGCGUCGAGCCAGAUCAGACCCAGGGUCACGUCAGCUGUUUGAGUCUCUUUUUAUAUAUCAAAAGAGACCCCCAGAGGACGAGACCAGUGGAAACGCCUUAUACAAGUCAAUUGGCGGUGCAAGUGAUGUGGAGUACCCAGUCUGCGCUGAAGUCGAAGGGAUGGGGGAAAACCUUGUGGCUCGAGUGGCUUGUCGUGGAAGCGUCAUGGGACAAAAGGACACACUAGCCCUCCUAGGACAUAUGGUAGACGUGUUGCUUGCCGUUAUUGAUAAUCCAGACCACCAGACGGUUGAAUUUACGGAGAAUGUCAUGAAAAUCUGCGAAACCGUGGUCGAUCGAGACAUGGAUGUGCAUGAUGCGCAGGAUGUGCAUGUCUCCCCGGUGGUCCCGGUACUGAGCGCAACAAGAUGGCCCCCGAUUCAGAGGAGCAUCCGUCAUGUUCUAUCUAUUGUAUCAGGAGUGCCGGAGGAGUCAAUCUCCAGGGAGGCCAGUAUUUUCGAACUCGGCUUGGAUAGCAUCAGCGCGAUCAAGGUCGCUGCACUUCUGAAGAGACGUUCGAUCAAGCUGGCAGUAAGCGAUAUGCUUCGAGCAGGAACGAUAGAAAAGAUGGCGAGAGCAGUCAAUGCCAAAUCAAUGGAUCUCAGUCCGACAGACGUUGCCAGUGCAGUGAAAGAGUCUCUCGAGAGGAUCGAUCUAGACUCUCUCCUUCAGUCAUUUGAAAUUGGUCCAUCUCAAGUCGAGAGAGUAUUUCCCACAACUGCAGGCCAAACUUACUUCCUUGCGAUGCAUAGCUUGAAUCCCGAGGUGUUCUAUCCCGUCUUCUAUUACCUCGCACCAGUGAAGCCAAGUCGGGUGAUUCUAGAGCACGCUUGGGUUCGGCUUGUCGAACAACACUCCGUUCUCCGAACAAUAUUUCUCCCAACAGACGACCUGCAGGCGGUGCCAUAUGUGCAAGUGGUGCUCCGAUCUGUACAGAAAUCGGUCAUUUGGCACGAAAGUAUCAACCCGCAAUUUGCGGCACUUGGGACCGAACAACCCUCUGGCUCAGUACCUGUUGCGCUGCAUGCCUGUCAAACAGACAAGGGCACUGUGCUGGCCUUGCAUCUCCACCAUGCGCUCUAUGAUGCUGUCAGCCUUCCUGCUCUUAUGAAUCGUCUUGCUCAAUUGUGCAACCAACCACUAUCCCAACCGAAAAUUGAACAGAACGAGCUUUCCCAGUUUGUAGCGUUCCAGCACGUUUAUUCGCCGAUGGAGGUCCGACGGGAUUUCUGGCAAAAGUAUCUUGGCUCCAUUUCGACACUGACCAAGGAAGAACAGCGAACAGGGCAGUUUGGCGUCAUCCAACAGGACUAUCGACCGGGUUUAGUUUCACAUAUGUCUCGCAUUGAAGUCUCAGCCAAACAUCACGGGCUGAGUGUCCAAUCCAUCUUCCUUGCAGUGUAUGCUCGAGUGCAUGCCCAGGUAUUCGCGUCCACAUCGACCGACUCCAAAACGUUACAGAGUCCACUUGUGGUUGGGUUGUAUCUGGCCAAUCGAUCAUACAGCAUGGAGGGCCUGCCGGGGUUAGUGGGCCCCACGGUUAAUAUCGUACCGCUUCGCCUCGACGACAAACUCAGUGAUGAUCAUGACUCGCUUUUCGCGGCAGCUCGCCGGAUCCAAGAGGACAUCGGCCAAAUCAGCAUGGUCGAUCAUGCGAGCGUCUCGCUCGUAGAGAUUGCCGAAUGGACCGGGGUGAGAAUUCACACUUGUGUCAACUUCCUUCGACUACCUGAGUCAGCCCAUGACUCCAACAGCUCCAACACUGCCAACACGAGUGACAAGGUGAUAUUCCAGACAAUCUCGCAGGAUGUGGUGGCAGCUGCCAGCAAUUCUAGUUUCCAGUGGCCCGAACAGGCCCAAACCAACGGUGACACAGCCUGGCGCUGUUCCGCACAGACGCUCAAUUCCAAGGGACCAACGGCGGCUAUCGAGGAUAUCUUCAUGCCUACGCUCGAUGUGGAGGCCGCAAUUCGAGAGGACCGUUUAGAUUUUGGCCUCUUUGCGCCCGAGACUCGAUUGGAUCGCCCCACUAGUGAGAUACUGAUGGAGGCCAUCAGGAAGGAACUGACUGCUUUGGUGGAUAUUUACUCAUCUGCAUAG